AUGAACAUCAAGGCUGGCUUUGACACUAUUCUUCCUGCGGACUCAGUAGAGUUCUGUCCUCAUCCUGAUUUCUUGGCUCUGUUUGUGUGCGGAACGUACAAGCUAGAGCAGCCGGAUUCCAACGGGGUACCCUUGGGACACGAAGAAGAGACAUCCUCUUCGAGUGCGCCAAAACGACAACAUCGGAGUGGCCAAUGUCUCUUAUUCCAGGUUGAAUCAGUAAAUGAAGAGAGCUUCUCCUUGAAGCAGCGGGUUUCUCUUCCUGCCAUCCUUGAUAUGAAAUGGUGUCAUCGUGCCGCAUCAGCGACACCAAUCUUGGGCAUAGCCGAUUCAGAAGGAAACAUCACCAUACAUGAAGUGGAUAGCCAAGCGACCAAACUGAAGAGGAUACAAUCAAUCUCGUGUGCUCCAUCAGAAAUUCUAUGCUUGUCCCUUGACUGGUCAAACAGGAGAGUACCAACAACUACACUUGGACCUCUAGUGGUCUCUCUAUCUGAUGGUUCGCUCACAAUUCUGAGGCCUCAAGAUCAAUCUGGCCUGACAAUGACCGAUUCUUGGGCUGCUCACGACUUCGAACCAUGGAUCGCAGCUUGGGAUUACUGGGAUACGAAUGUUGUCUAUUCAGGCGGUGACGAUCUGAAGUUCAAAGGUUGGGAUACCAGGCAGGGCUUUUCACAACCACUGUUUGUUAACAAGUGCUUCGAUGGCGGAGUGACUACGAUACAGAGCCAUCCGCACAGCGAGCAUCAUUUGGCUGUGGGCAGCUACGACAAGAUCUUGCGAAUUUUUGACACGCGUAACAUACGUGCUCCGGUAUCUGAAUUCGAUGUGGGAGGUGGUAUCUGGCGUGUCAAGUGGCAUCCGUCACCGAGGCGAGCCAGCGAUAUUCUGGUGGCGUGCAUGCACGAUGGGUUCAAGGUUGUACGUUUGAACGUUGCAGUGAAUGGUGCAAAGACAUUGCUCAGUCAGGUUGAGAUCGUGAAACGCUUUGAUGCCCACGAGUCUCUAGCGUAG